UUCAGAAAUCCGGAACAAGUAGUUCUGGACUGACAAUUACAGAUGCACCGACUACUUCGUCUCAAGAAGCCCCACAAAAUACCAAAGAGCAUAAAUUACACCAACUUUCUUCUGAAGCAAUAGAAAAAUUGAAAGAUCCACAAUUUUUGCUCUUGUUGUGA